GAUGGCGGCGAUGGAAGAGGAGGAGGCGGCAGCCGCAUGUCAGGCGUUGAGCCGAUACAUCAACUGCCUGAGCAACGAGAGUAAGAGUUCCCGUCGGCGGGCCUUGGAGUGUAUCCGCGCUGGGACGGUGGAGCAGAAGCAGCUGUCGAGCGGGGUCCAGCAGCGGCUGCUGACCUCCCUCCUGCAGCCUCUCCUCCGCUCCCUCUCCGAUCCGGCCGAGCGCUGCCGGGAGCUGACCGCGCUCACCCUCAGCGACUUCAUACGGGCCGUCCCCCGGCCCCAGGAGGCCCUGCCUCAGCUCAUCCCCGCCUUGGUGCAGCGCCUGGGUCAGCAGGAGAUCACCGAGCCGGCCGAGGAGCUGCGCCUGACCCUGCUGGAGUUGCUGGUGCUGACCGUCGAAGUGUGCGGACGGCAGCUGGCCCCUUACCUGGAGGACAUGGUCAGGAUCCUGCAGAGAACCAUCGUGGACCCAUUUCCGGAAGUUAAGAAGAAGAGCUGCGAGUGCGCGGCCAAGUAUGCGAAAUGUACCCCCGAAACUUUUCACAUGCAGUCCGAAUCUCUAAUAAAACCGCUGAUGCAGACCAUAUCUCACCAGCAUUCAAAGGUCCGUGUGGCAGUCAUACAGGCAACAGGAACAGUCAUUCAACAUGGCAAUGGAAAAUCUGUCGAUGAUGUUCUCUCUCAUUUGGCACAACGACUUUUUGACGAUGCACCACUGGUACGUCAAGCUGUUACAGACGUAGUGGGGAGAUGGCUGCUGGAGCUCCGAGAUCGGUACUCUUACUUCUACAAGCUCAUCCCACUUCUGUUGAGUAGCUGCAGUGAUGAGAUUCCUCACAUCAGGGAAUUAGCCUCUGAUUAUUGGAAGAAAGUUGGACUCCAGUGGCAAAAGGAGAAUGAAGACGAUCUUAAAGAUAAACUUGACUGGCAAGCCCAACUCUCUGUUCGCUAUCCUGCAGGUGCGGAACGACCUUGUCUUGGAUGCCGAGAACUGGUGUUUCGGAACUUGUCCAAAAUUUUGCCGGCCGUUAGUCGCGACAUGACUGAUUGGGUUCCUGCAACACGUGUUAAAGCAUCACAGCUCCUGAUUAUGUUGCUGCUCCAUGCUGAAGAUCACCUCACACAGCACAUGGAGCUGCUUCUCAGUACCAUGUAUCGAUCAUGUUCUGAUGAAGAGACGCUUGUGGUUCAGAACUCUGUAAAGGCAGCAGAACUGAUUGGAACAUUUGUGGAUCCCGAGGUCUUUUUGAAAUUGAUUCUGACAGCACUCGAGAAAUCAGCCUGUACUGCUCACCUGAUGGUUCUUAGUGCAGUCAUUAAAGGUACCUCAAAACAAGCGCUGCACCCACAUCUGCUGAGAAUUGGAGAGACCCUGGCUCUUCCUGACAUAUGCCAAGUGUCCCAAAAGGUUGAGUAUUUGGAACAGCUGCUUCUUUGUGUGCAGAUCUUAAUUACGGUAUGUGGAAAGCAAUGCAGUGAAAUAAAUUUGCAUCUGCUUAAAGUGCUGGUGACCAUCACAUCCUUAACGUCUGACCAAGAACUGGAAAACAAGGUAGAAAAGACCUUGGCUUCCUUGGCUGCAGCACAGAACUUCGACAAUUUUUUGCAUCUGUACAGACAACACAUAAAGCAACUGAUUGGAUGGGUGGCUGACACACAACACCAGUGGACCAACUACUCUGUGCAGCACUUGCAGUUUGAAACUAUUAUAACUCAAUCAGGUCCUGUGCUUGGGGAAUCAUUACAUGAAGUUUUUCCAGUUUUGAAAACUUGCCUUCAGCCCAGCAGAGAUCCUGAGAUGCGUUUAAAAAUCUUCACAAUGCUAUCAAAAUUAUUGCUUAAUGCCAACGAAACUCUGAAUUCUCAAGGGCAUUUCAGUAGCUACCUGGAGAUGCUUGUAAGAGAUAUUUUGGUGCCUAAUCUGCUGUGGCAUGCUGGGAGGACAGCAGCUGCAAUCCGCACGACUGCUGUAUCCUGUCUGUGGGCUCUGCUGCAUAGCAAGAUGAUUACGUUGGAGCAGGGUCUUGCAGUAUAUGAAGACUUGAUGCCAAAAGUGAUUGCUGUAUUGGAUGAAGAUUCAAAAAUGACUCGAUUACUGGCCUGUCAAAUUAUCAGUGCUGUUUUAAAAGUUUGCGGGAAUCAGUUGGAUCAUGACAAGCUGAAUAAAUUGUAUCCAGAACUUCUAAAGCGUCUGGAUGAUGGUUUGGAUGAAGUGCGUAUAGCAGCUGCCAAAGCUUUAAGUGUUUGGUUCCAGUGCGCUGGGAAUAAUUAUGAUCAGUUACUGUUCAAGAGCCACCUUGAGUUCAUUUAUCGUGGACUUUUGGUUCACCUCGAUGAUCCAGAGAGUAUUAUCCAAAAACAGCUUCUUGAUGUCCUAAAAGUAGGAAGUUUUCUUUCUCCAUCAUUACUGACACAAGAGAUCGAGGCAGUGAAGCACAAACAUCGCAGCCCUUAUUACUGUGAACAGCUGCUACAACAUAUUCAGGCAGUCAGUGGAGACGCCAGCUAAGCCUGGAACCUGACUCUUCAGUUGGAGAUGUAAUACAGAUGCCAUGUUGAAUCAUAGUGGAAAAAAUAUGCACAUGAUAUUUAUAGGGUAUGGAUGAAAGGGGAAAAAACUUAAAGUUGAACAUGAUAUUUAAUAGUGGAUAUUUUAGUAUCAAAAAAACUGAUGAUAGAAUGGCAUUGACAACUAUCAGAAGUUAGCUGAGAAACAUUGGGUUGUAAUCUUUCAUCUUGCUAAAGUUCUCAGACUUUUCAGAAAGAAGGUUCAGGGAUAUCUGCAGAACAUCAUCUGUCAAAUUGCUGAUGGCUAUUACAAAUGCAGUCCUAAUCUCUGAGCAAUUUGAAAUCACAUAAUAAUUUUCAAACUUUGUUUUCCGUUUGUUUAAAAGAACGUGUGAAGCACAGGAACGUACUGUUGGUGCUGUUUUGGAGCCAAGAAUGUUGCAUUCUAAAAUACACAGCAAGCCAGUUGACAUUUUAUGAAGAUACGAGAGCUGUUUUGACCAUGUUUCCAAAUGCAUCUUUUCUCCCUUAACUGGGCUGCUAUAUACUUCUAACCCUUGACUAUUUUAUUUAUAAUACCUGGCAAUUUCUCUCAUUUCCCUGUUUCUAAAUGUGUUGCCUUUUUUUGGAGGGAUGAGGGUUUGCUUAAAUGCAGAGUAAAUGUAUUCGUUUUUAUUCAGUAUUUUUGUUUUUUAGAGAUUAUUGUUAUUGAUUUUGUUUAUUGGAGAUUGUUUGACUGCUGCUCCAUUU